CCGUUUUUUACGGAAAAAGCCGAGCGGUGGCGGAACUGUCCGGAACAUCCGGCUCUGGCUUCUCAACAUAAACAGAAAUGGCGGAGGCAGCAGCAUCGUCUACAGCGGCUUCAUCAGUAACAGGAGGUUGGACCAAACACGUAACCUGCAGAUACUUCAUGCAUGGUCUUUGCAAAGAAGGAGACAACUGUCGGUAUUCCCAUGAUCUGACCAACAGCAAGCCUGCAGCCAUGAUAUGCAAGUUCUUUCAGAAUGGAAACUGUGUGUUUGGGGACCGAUGCAGAUUUGAACACAGUAAACCCAUAAAGAAAGAGGAGCUGCCAACCUCCCAGACGCUGCCGCUGCCCUCCGCCCUGCCGGCCGCUCCAUCAGAUCCUGAACCCUGUGGGCUAACACCUGGAUCGGGGGCACAGGACUGGGUUAAUGCUGCUGAGUUUGUUCCUGGACAGCCGUACUGUGGACGGGGUGAGAGAACCGAGCCGGUCCAGGUGGAAAGUUCGGUCCCCCUCAUUGAAGACGUUGAAAGCGAUGCCACCCAGGACAGCAAAGAUGUGAGGAACCAGCUCUGUCCAUAUGCCGCCGUUGGAGAAUGCCGCUACGGACUCAACUGCGCUUAUCUCCAUGGCGACGUAUGCGACAUGUGUGGCCUCCAGGUCCUCCACCCCACUGACAACGCUCAGCGCUCAGAGCACACCAAGGCCUGCAUUGAAGCCCAUGAGAAGGACAUGGAGAUUUCAUUUGCCAUCCAGCGCAGCAAAGAUAUGAUGUGUGGUGUGUGCAUGGAAGUGGUUUUUGAGAAGUCCAAUCCGAGCGAGCGCCGCUUCGGCAUCCUCUCCAACUGCAGCCACUGUUACUGUCUGAAGUGCAUUCGCAAGUGGAGGAGCGCCAAGCAGUUCGAGAGCAAAAUUAUCAAGUCCUGCCCAGAGUGUCGAAUCACCUCCAACUUUGUCAUCCCAAGCGAGUACUGGGUAGAGGAUAAGGACGACAAGCAGAAACUCAUCCAGAAAUACAAGGAUGGCAUGGGGAGUAAACCAUGUCGAUACUUCGACGAGGGUCGUGGAACUUGUCCUUUUGGCUCAAACUGCUUCUACAAACACGCCUUCCCUGAUGGACGUCUGGAGGAAGCUCAGCCACAGCGAAGACAGACCGGAUCCAACAGCAGGAACCGGAACUCGCGGCGAACGCCUCUGUGGGACAUCUUCGAUGAGCGGGAAAGCACCGACUCGUUCGACAACGAUGACGAGGAGAUGGUGACGUUCGAGUUGAGCGAAAUGCUCCUCAUGCUGCUCGCCGCAGGGACCGACGAUGACAUCACGGAUUCAGAAGACGAAUGGGACUUGUUUCAUGAGGAGCUUGAUGAUUUCUACGAGAUUUACCUAUAGCAGCCCCUCCCCCACCCCCACCCCCCAUAUAUACUAGACACUAGAAUGGACUGUCUUGUGUGAGUGAUGGACAGUAGCCCCCCCCCGCCCCCCUUGUAUUGUGGCAGUGCCUUUAAGCAGGCCAUUAAUAAAUGAGUUUAUAAAAGAGUAAAAAAGAUUUCCAUGACUCAGUGCGCUCGUGCUAAACACUUUCUAGACAUCUAUCCUCGUGAGUCUUUCCUGUGCGUAUCUGUGAAGAGGAAAACUGAUCUAAGAUUUAACAAAAAUAACUUUGUUCAGAUAAUAAACGUUGUCACGUUUGUGGGUCGGGUCUGUUUCUCAUCCCAGGUGGUUGUACAUACUUCUGAGACUCUGCACUUGAACUUACUCAGCACCAUUUACUGUACCGGAGAUGGGCAUGUUGUAAGGUUUUACAUACGGUUUUGGAAGGCCGGAUCUUCUCUCCUGUUUGUUUAUAAAAGCUGCUGAUGAUAGCCAAUAUAUUGUGCUGUUUAAUAAAUUUACCAUAAUCAUUUUCAUGUACUGAAACGUGUUUGCUGUUUUUGUUUUCUCUGCAUUCAUUUUCUUUUUAUCGGUUUACAUGAUGAACUGUUUGAAAGCCUCAAAGACGAACCUGAAGCAGCUCGGAUCCACCAGAACUCAGAAACAAGCUUUCCCUGCCGGUCUGAAGGGAGUCUCCAAACCAGAUGUUGAGGUAGAUUUUUGUCAGAGCUGCAGUAGUUUAGCUCUGGCUGCUGCCGGUGAUGAAGACUACUAACCAAACCUGUCUCAUCUUUGGUUGGUUUGUUCAGUUUGAAGGAUUCUACGGAGAGAAAAGCGACUCAGAAUUAUCGUGUGUGUAUCUGAUCUGUAAACUGUGUAAACGAACUUUGGGUUCAUGCAAAUAUCUCUUCAAAUGCACACAGAAAUUUGCAUGCACAAAUUACGAGAAAUAAA